AUGGCCAUUGCAUUUAAAUCGUCUUGCUUCUUGCAAUUGAACAAACCCGAGAGCUGUUUCCGGGUCAGUUUUUCCACCCAGAAAACUAUAGUUUCAGUAAAAAGAUACACUCCGGUGGCUGCUAUCAAGACCAUGGAAACAGUUGGACUCUCUGAAACAUUCAAAAGGCUGAAGGAACAAGGAAAAGUGGCUUUAAUCCCAUACGUCACAGCUGGUGAUCCCGAUCUUUUGACCACAUCAGAAGCACUCAAAGUGCUUGAUUCAUGUGGAUGUGACAUUAUUGAGCUCGGUGUUCCUUACUCUGAUCCUUUGGCAGAUGGUCCUGUUAUUCAGGCUGCUGCUACACGAGCUUUAGCCAGGGGGACUAAUUUUGAUUCGAUUAUUGCUAUGCUGAAGGAGGUUAUUCCGCAGUUAUCUACUCCAAUUGCACUGUUCACGUAUUACAACCCAAUACUGAAGCGUGGCACGGGGAAAUUUAUGGCCACUGUAAGAGACACUGGUGUACACGGGCUUGUAGUCCCCGAUGUUCCUCUGGAGGAGACAAAAAUGUUAAGGGAAGAAGCUAAGAAAAAUGGAAUUGAACUGGUACUCCUCACAACACCCACCACUCCGGCAAACCGGAUGAAAGCCAUUGUUGAUGCUGCAGAAGGAUUUGUGUAUCUUGUGAGCUCCGUGGGGGUAACUGGAGCCCGAGCGUCAGUUAGUGCUAAAGUUCAGGCCCUUCUGCGGGAAAUCAAAGAGGCAACAACAAAGCCUGUGGCAGUUGGUUUUGGAAUAUCAACACCUGAACAUGUGAAGCAGAUAGCGGGAUGGGGAGCUGAUGGCGUGAUUGUUGGCAGUGCAAUCGUGAAGGUGCUUGGCGACGCCAAAUCUCCCCAAGAAGGAUUGAAAGAACUGGAAAUUUUCACCCGCUCCUUAAAAUCAGCACUUGAUUGA